AUGUCCGCUGAGAAGGAAGUCAAGGAUGUUGAGGAAGCUCCUGCCAAAGAGUCGCUGCUUGUCUAUCCAGGGCGCGCGAAAGUCUCAUCGCAUGUCGCAGCAGUCCUGUGUUGCCCCUUAAGGUUCGGCGGUUGCGACUCGUGCUCCGGAGUCAGCUGCACGCCCGACGGCCUCAUCGGCUUGAACACUUAUGACGCCCGGCACUGGGCAGCUGCGGGAGAGACCGAUUCCGACCUUGCUCCCUCACAUCCCCCCGCAUAUCCACUUGGCAAGGAUUGGAAGUACCUCUGCAUCCCGACGCUGCCGUGCAUGGGGGGGCCAGCGAAAUCCCCGCCGCUGCUGAAGCCCGACGCGAAGCUGCCCCUGAUGCUGCGCCUUGCAUGCAGCAUCAUCACCCCUCCUUCUUUGAUCUCCGGCGAUGCAUGCUUCGCCUGGCAGCUGGACCAGGAGCUCUGCGACUCGAAGCAGUACAUGAUCUCCGCCGCGCUGAUCUGCUCGGGCCUUCUGUCCCUGGUGCAGAUCCUUCGCUGGAAGCUGGUGGGAGGCUACACCCUCGGAACGGGCCUGAUCUCCGUGAUCGGCACGUCCUUCACCUUCCUGCCCAUCGCUCGUGAGGUGGUGGUGUCCGAGAUCCAGGCGGGCCGCAGUGGUAUGGAUGCCUACGGCAAGUUCCUGGGAACAUGCCUGGCGGCCUCCGUGACCGAGCUCUUCAUCUCCUUCAUCCCGCCCCGCUACCUCAAGAAGGUCUUCCCUCCCGUGGUGAGCGGCACCUGCGUCUGCCUCAUCGGCGCGGGCCUCUCCGUUGCGGGACUCAAGUACUGGGGCGGCGGCGUCUUCUGUGCGGAGAACGACAUGUCCCGCGCGGCCGCUUUCGGUUCCCCCCAGAUCUGCACCGGCAACGGCGACGUGGCGCUGCCCUACGGCGACGUGCACUACUUUGGCCUCGGCAUGAGCGUGAUGAUCUUCUUGGUCUUCAUUCAGGCGGUGGGCUCGCCCUUCAUGAAGAACUGCUCCGUCGCCCUAGCGCUCUUCUUCGGCUUCUUCGUGGCGGGAGUGUCCUCCUACACGGCCGAGGAUGGCUCGUCCCUGCCCUACGUGAACAGCGACAAGAUCGACCAAGCGGGCGUCUUCACCUUCCUCUGGACGACCACCUUCAACAUCGGCUUCUACCCUCCCGCCUUCAUCCCGCUGCUGCUGGGCUUCGUGAUCACGGCCGUGGAGACGGUGGGCGACAUCCAGGCCUCCUGCGACGUGAGCGGCCUGCCCAUCGAGGGCCCCGAUGCGGACUCCCGCAUCCAGGGCGGCCUGUUGGCCGACGGCGUCAACAGCUUCCUGGCCUGCCUCAUGACCUGCCCUCCCAACACGACCUUCUCCCAGAACAACGGCGUCAUCGCCAUCACCCGCUGCGCGUCCCGGGCCGCGGGCAUCGCCUGCUGCUUCUGGCUGAUCUUGCUGGGCUGCUUCGAGAAGUUCGGUGCGGCCAUCGCUUCGAUCCCAGACGCCGUCCUGGGCGGCAUGACCACGUUCCUGUUUGCCAACGUGCUGGUCUCGGGCAUCAACAUCGUGGGCGGCAGCGGCAACAUGGGCCGCCGCACCCGCUUCAUCCUGGCCGUCUCCCUGGGCGUUGGCGUGGGAGUUUCGGCCCUUCCAAACUGGGCCGAGGGCGGAGGUCUCGCGGGGUUCCAUGGCGGAAACCUCAAGCACAACAUCGGCCUUUGGCCCGCCAAGGACGUUUGCGAGGUCUUCCCUACCGAGGAGUACGAGUCCGAGCCCGCCAAGUGCACGGUGGGGGCCUACACCGCAGCCUCCAUCAGUCAGGUCGACUGCACCGGGAUGGGUGGUGCGUACACCGCCCCUGUCACGGCCACGCGCACCGUGACCACUUGCAUUGGAAACAACGGCAACUGCUGCGUGAAGUACAAUGACAGCAAGAAGAUGUGGCGUGACUCUUUGAUCAUCAUCAUGAAGACGCCCUACUGCAUCGGCACGCUCCUGGCGCUGUUCCUGCACCUGCUGCUUCCGUUCGAGACCGAAGACGAGGACACUGUGGGCGAGAAUGUGAAGGAGAGCGGUGAGGCCAACAUGUGA